CUUUGUGGACGGGUAUUCUGCAGUUGCUCCAUAACAUUAGUUAUCGAUGCUUUGUGAAUGAGUGAUUCGAUGACACACUUUAUCUCAGACAUUUUGAAGUAGCCUUUGAUAUAUAAGAGGGCAUUAUUGACCACCUGAACACAGAGCUGGCUCGUCUGGAUCGCAGAGGCAAUCGUGUUCGAUUAAAUUGAAACCACACGGUUUAGAUCACACGGUCAAACUAGCUGCGAUCGUGUGCGAUCGAUUGCGAUCACAAUGGAAACCAGCUUUCAGCGCCCAAAUCCAUUACGUUACAAACGGCGACGGCAGAAAACAAUAGAAAACUGAAUGAGCCAGACGUGAAAUGCACCCUGAAAUGGACACUGUCUGGUACUUUACAGCCGUUUAUACUCAAGGACUGGGACUUGUGUGCCUGGCUUUCAUUCCUGCGAGCUAGGAUCUUGCUUCGGAAUAAUUGCAACCCGGUGCUCUAGAAUGAACCCUCCGAGUACCAACACAAACAUCCAGCUAAAUGCUUCGUCAGGUACCAUCUACAGCCCUGACUAUACAAGUCAAUCACUCUAUCCAAGCGACAUGGAGUGUAUGUGGCGAAUCACCGGACCAUCUGGGUAUAUUAUCAGGAUUACUUUCACCGUUUUUGAGCUCGAGGAACAGAUUAUGUGCGCGGAGGGCGAUUUUCUUCGCGUGAGUGAAGGUCAGGAGCCUUCUAGUCCAGUCCUGGGCGAAUUCUGUGGGAGGAAAGAGCCUUUUUCAGUGCAAGCGCGAGGGAGAUUAAUGGCACUGUACUUCCGCACGAAUAACGCUACAGAAGGUCGAGGCUUUGUAGCCUCGUACCGAGUGAUAAGGGAGGACAAGGGGAAAGACACCGAAUCGUCCACACCCGUGUCUCUGAUAGCGGUGGGGUCAGUGGUAGCCUUUGUCAUAGUCGUGGGGUCCGUCGUCGCCAUCUGUACGGCCAAGAGUAACGAAAAGAACAGACGUGUCCCAAGACAACCCAACAGUUCGGCCAGCUCUCAUGUCUCCAUGUGUCACUCUCCUUCAAAAAGUGCCCGGCCGUCGAGAUGGGGUAGCCCAAAGGUUCAACCCCUUGCGCACUUGAGAACUCUGUCAUUACCACGCCUUUCAGUGACGAACGAAUUAGGUAUAACCACGGAUCUACUACCUAGGAAUGAGUUGCGCACCCAGGCUCUCGUCCACACCUCUCCAACUUCCAUGAGACGCUACGGCUUACAGAAUCACAAAUUAGGCUCGCCAAAGUCGAGAAGGCGUCAAUCGCCGACGCUUCCAAAAAGACAGAUAGGAAAAGGCACCGUGCAUGUGCAAAAGACAGAUACAUCUGUGCUUUGUGAGACAAAAAGGGGGGAUCUUGGGACCUCUUCGUUAAAGCGAAGCUUUUAAGGCAACCGACAAGCUUUAAACACAAUGUCCAAUAACAAUCAAUCUAAUGGCGUAACAUACUUUUAGGAGUUAAGGUUUAGAUAAUCAUGUUUUCCAUAUCAGGCAAAUUGCCGAUUGGGUUUAGAGAGUGAGAAUCUUAUUAACAGUAUUAGAGUUUUUAGUUGGUUGGCUAAAAUUUUUGCUCUUCCUUGGCUCCCGUGUGCCAGUCAGUACUUGGCACAAACACAAGGAGAUAAUAAUAACACAAUAAUAACCUUCGUGGUGACUAUGACCCUGGAGCAUGGCCCAAAAAUACCCUUCGUGGUGACUAUGACCCUGGGGCAUGCCUCAAUAAUAACCUUCGUGGUGACUAUGACCCUGGGGCAUGCCCCAAUAAUAACCUUCGUGGUGACUAUGACCCUGGGGCAUGCCCCAAUAAUAACCUUCGUGGUGACUAUGACCCUGGGACAUGCCCCAAUAAUUACCUUCGUGGUGACUAUGACCCUGGGGCAUGCCCCAAUAAUAACCUUCGUGGUGACUAUGACCCUGGAGCAUGCCCCAAUAAUAACCUUCGUGGUGACCAUGACCCUGGGGCAUGCCCCAAUAAUAACCUUCGUGGUGACUAUGACCCUGGGACAUGCCCCAAUAAUAACCUUCGUGGUGACUAUGACCCUGGGGCAUGCCCCAAUAAUAACCUUCGUGGUGACUAUGACCUUGGGGCAUGGCCCAAUAAUAACCUUCGUGGUGACUAUGACCCUGGGGCAUGCCCUAAUAAUAACCUUCGUGGUGACUAUGACCCUGGGACAUGCCUCAAUAAUAACCUUCGUGGUGACUAUGACCCUGGGACAUGCCCCAAUAAUAACCUUCGUGGUGACUAUGACCCUGGGGCAUGGCCCAAUAAUAACCUUCGUGGUGACUAUGACCCUGAGAAUGCCUCAAUAAUAACCUUCGUGGUGACUAUGACCCUGGGACAUGCCCCAAUAAUAACCUUCGUGGUGACUAUGACCCUGGGACAUAGCCCAAUAAUAACCUUCGUGGUGACUAUGACCCUGGGGCAUUGCCCAAUAAUAACCUUCGUGGUGACUAUGACCCUGAGGCAUUGCACAGUAAUACAAAAAUAACCUUCGUGGUGACUAUGACACCGGGACAUGCCCCAGUAAUAACCUUAGUGGUGACUAUGACCCUGGGACAUGCCCCAGUAAUAACCUUCGUGGUGACUAUGACCCUGGGGCAUGCCCCAGUAAUAACCUUCGUGGUGACUAUUGUAGUGACCAUAGUAAGGCUUUACUCAACAUAAAACAGUGCUUACAAUAAAGCGAGCGAAAACAAAA